UUUACAUAUCACGCUAAUAUUUUUUAACACAUAAUCCUGUACAAAAGUCUGCCUUCCAAGGUUCAAGUUUAGACGGCUAACCCUCAAGCAAACAGGAAGCAUUAUAACAAACAGUUGGUACGCAAGAAAUUCGAUACUCUCUCUAUCUAUGUUUUCUGGAGCCGCACUGACGCUGUAUCAUGCUAAAGACUUUUCCAUUGCUUCCGCGGCUAUCUGUUACCUCCUUCACGAGAGUUUGUUGCAGCAGAAUGAGCACAAAGCCAGCGUUAGCAAGUCCAAAAUUCAUUUCUGUUGAAGGGGGUGAUAUCCAUUCGAGGAGUAAAAGUGAUGGUGUCAAUUUCAGUCUUGUCUCCUAUAACAUAUUAGCACAGGUUUAUGUGAAGAGUUCUCUCUUUCCACACUCUCCAUCUGCUUGCCUCAAGUGGAAGAACCGGUCAAAGGCAAUUUUAACUGUUCUGAAGAACUUUGAUGCUGACUUCCUAUGCAUACAGGAAUUAGACGAGAGUGACUUUUACAAAGCAAAUUUGAAGACUGAUGGUUAUUCUAGUAUAUAUAUUCAGAGAAGUGGGCAGAAGCGUGAUGGGUGUGGAAUUUUUUAUAAGGACAAUCGUGCAGAGUUGCUUGUUGAGGAAAGAAUAGAGUAUAAUGAUCUUGCAAAGUCACUACAAAAUGAAAAUAUUUCAUAUGGUAACAAACAGAAUGAUAUCCCAACCAUAGAGGAUGAAGAUGAUGAUCCAAAGAAUGGGUCAUCAUCAAAAAAUAAUACUUCAGAGGAUCAUGGAGAUCUUAAUGACCCUUAUGUAAGGUUAAAACGUGACUGUGUAGGAAUUAUGGCUGCAUUUAGACUUAAAGGACCAUUUGAUCAUGUUGUUAUUCUAGCUAAUACACACCUUUAUUGGGACCCAGAAUUGGCUGAUGUCAAACUUGCACAAGCUAAGUAUCUAUUAUCACGCUUAGCUCAGUUUAAAACUCUGGUGUCUGACAGACAUGAGUGUGCACCGUCUGUCUUUUUGGCUGGUGACUUCAAUUCAGUCCCAAAUGAUAAGGUCUACAAGUACCUUACUUCAGGCUACUCUUCCUCAGAAACACUGGCAGAACAUACUGAAGAGCUACCAAUUCCCCUAUGCAGUGUGUAUGCUGUUACAAGAGGGGAACCGGCAUUUACAAACUGCACCCCGGACUUCACCGAUACUCUUGAUUAUAUUUUCUUCUCUCCAGCAGAUUGCUUAAAACCAAUUAGUACCCUUGAACUUCCAAACUCAGACUCCCCAGAAGUUGCUGGUUGUUUACCAAAUUACUACCAUCCAAGCGAUCAUCUUCCAAUUGGUGCCGAAUUUGAAAUCACCAGGUGAUACAAUAUAUCAAACAUCCCUGAAGUUUACUUGUUCUUCUGUGUUCUAAGGACGGUGGAAAAUGAGAGAUCAUACCGUAAUUUCGGUACAUGCUCUUGUAAACUUUUUUUUUUUGAUGAUUUUGUUUUGACCAAAUUAAAAUUGGAAUUUGAUUUGACCUCUAUUUCAUUAGCUGCCCUAGAGCUGAAUAAGCUUUUCGAUAGAUUGACAAUACUUUAGUGCUCAUUAUCUUCCAAACGUCAUUAGAAAUUAUUUUGCGACAAGAAGCACUACCGUUGGUGAUGAAAGAUUUUAUAUGCCAUGAUAUUUGAUUUCUUGAUA